CCCAUCAUGGCGAUGACCCCGAAACUGCGAGAUGUGGAGGCCUUGGAUGAGAAAGUGCUACGCUAUGAGGGCUUUAUCAGUGAUGUCCUCCAGCGGGAUCUGCGAAAGGUGCUGGACCAUCGUGACAGGGUAUACGAGCAGCUGGCUAAGUACCUUCAGCUAAGAAACGUCAUUGAACGACUUCAGGAGGCCAAGGACUCAAAGCUAUCUAUGCAGGUGGAUUUAGGCUGUAAUUUCUUUGUUGACACAGAGGUCCCAGACACUUCACGGAUUUACAUGGCUAUUGGAUAUGGAUUUUUCCUGGAACUGACAUUGGCAGAAGCUCUCAAGUUCAUUGAUCGGAAAAGCUGUCUCCUUACAGAGCUCAGCAAUAGCCUUACUAAGGACUCCAUGAAUAUCAAGGCCCAUAUUCAUAUGUUGCUUGAGGGACUUAGAGAGCUACAGGGUCUGCAGGAUCUUCCAGAGAAGCCUGGCCAUUAA